UGACCGGGUGAAGUUGGCUGCCCAGCGAAGGCAAGUUGCAACAUCUGUGAGCAGAGUCAGACAAACGGCCCCGUAACUUUCUCAGUCUGGCUCUGGGCUCUGCAGCCCGUCCCUGGCUCUCCUUCACCGUCUUCCUUCUCUGACGGACCUUGGACAGGAAUCUCUGCAGCACAGCGGCAAAGCGUGGCUGCCCAUGCGUCCCACCUCAUGGGAGAGCUGCCCGAGGAAGAGGCCACGACCAUGGGGGAUGUGAAGCUGGCUGCCUCGGCACACGGUUCCAAAACCUCCCACAGUGCGGAUCACUCGAGAGUCGGCUCCAUGCCCCUGAAGGAGGCCCCUGCUUUCAUUUUGCCCCCUCGGAACCUCUGCAUCAAAGAAGGAGACACCGCCAAGUUUGAAGGGAGGGUCCGGGGCUACCCAGAGCCCCAAGUGACGUGGCACAGAAACGGGCAACCCCUCACCAGUGAGGGCCGCUUCCUGCUGGAUUGUGGUAUCCGGGGGACUUUCAGCCUUGUGAUUCAUGCUGUCUGUGAGGAGGACAAGGGAAAGUAUACCUGUGAAGCCACCAAUGGUAGUGGUGCCCGCCAGGUGACAGUGGAGUUGACGGUAGAAGGAGGCUUUGUGAAGAAGCAUGGUCAGCCUGUUGUUCCCAAAACUUUAGGGGACAGAUUUGCAACCCCCGCAGUGGAGACCCGUCCUAGCAUCUGGGGAGAGUGCCCACCAAAGUUUGCUACCAAGCUGGGCCGAGCCAUCGUCAGAGAAGGACAGAUGGGACGAUUCUCCUGCAAGAUCACUGGCCGGCCCCAACCACAGGUCACCUGGCUCAAGGGAGAUGUUCCCCUGCAGCCGAGUGCCCGGGUGUCUAUGUCUGAGAAGAAUGGGAUGCAAGUUCUGGAAAUCCAGGAGGUCAACCAAGAUGAUGUGGGAGUGUACACAUGCAUGGUGGUGAACGGGUCAGGGAAGGCCUCCAUGUCAGCAGAACUUUGCAUCCAAGGUUCGGACAAUGCCAAUAGGUCAUUUGUGAGAGGAACCAAGGCAGCCAAUUCUGAUAUCAGGAAGCAAGUGACCAAUGGAAUCACGCAGGGGCCAACACUGGACAGCCUGGACACUGCAGCUCAACGCAAGAACUGCUCCAGCACCCAGCGGGGCUCCCCUGCCUGGGCCACAAGUAGCCAGCCUCAGCCCCUGAGGGAAUCCAAUCUGGAGCAGGGGGACUCAUCUAGAAAGGCCCUGAGAACCCCCAUCCAGACUUCCAGUACCAUCACCCUGCAGGCCGCAAAAGUCCAGCCAGAACCAAGAGCACCGGUCUCGAGUGCCCUCUCUCCUUCCAGAGAAGAGAGAGAGAGCCCAGCUGUUCCCCCUCCAGCCACCCUCCCCACCAGGCAGUCUGGCCUGGGAAGCCAAGAAGUUGUGAGCAAGGUUGCUACCAGGAAAGUCCCCAUGGACAGCUGGAGGGAUUCAACAUUCCCCAAAUUCGAGAGCAAGCCCCAAAGCCAGGAAGUCAGUGAAGAUCAAACAGUCAAGUUCAGAUGUGAGGUUUCAGGAAUCCCAAAACCCGAAGUGACCUGGUUCCUGGAAGGUGCCCCCGUGAGGAGACAAGAAGACACCAUUGAGGUUUAUGAAGAUGGCAGGUCCCAUUACCUCUGCCUGCUGAGAGCCCAGGUGAAGGACAGCGGGAGCUACAGCUGCACAGCCUCCAACGUCCGAGGCCAGGUGUCCUGUGGCUGGACACUCCUGGUGAAAAAAAAGAAGAGUGACAGGAAGAGCGAGUACCUCCUACCCAUGGCUCCCGGCAAGUCCACUGCACCCCGCUUCCUGCAGGGCCUCUCUGAUCUCAGAGUCAUGGAUGGAAGCCAGGUCACCAUGACAGUCCAGGUGUCAGGGAACCCGCCCCCUGAAGUCAUCUGGCUUCACAAUGGGAAUGAGAUCCAGGAGUCGGAGGACUUCCACUUUGAACAGAGAGGCACUCAGCACAGCCUCUGUAUCCAAGAGGUGUUCCCUGAGGACACGGGCACCUAUACCUGCGAAGCCUGGAACAGCGCUGGAGGGGUCCGCACCCAGGCCGUGCUCACAGUGCAAGAGCCUCAGGAUGGCACCCAGCCCUGGUUCAUCAGCAAACCACGCUCGGUGACAGCCUCCCUGGGCCAGAGCGUCCUCAUCUCCUGUGCCAUAGCUGGUGACCCCUUCCCCACCGUGCACUGGCUGCGAGAUGGCAAAGCCCUCUCCAAAGACGCUGGCCACUUUGAGGUGCUACAGAAUGAGGACGUGUUCACCCUGGUUCUAAAGAAUGUACAGCCCUGGCAUGCCGGCCAGUAUGAGAUCCUGCUCAGGAACCAGGUUGGCGAAUGCAGUUGCCAGGUGUCACUGAUGCUCCAGAGCAGCCCUUCCAGAGCUCCCCCACGGGGGAGGGAGCCUGCCAGCUGUGAGGGCCUCUGCGGCCGAGGAGCUGGUGCUGAUGGUGGUGGUGGAGACUGCUAUGGGACCCUGAGGCCCAGCUGGCCAGCAAGAGGGCAGGGUUGGCCCGAGGAAGAAGACAGUGAGGACGUGCGGGGGGUGCUGAAGAGGCGCGUGGAGACGCGGCAGCACACCGAGGAGGCCAUCCGCCAGCAGGAGGUAGAGCAGCUGGACUUCCGUGACCUCCUGGGGAAGAAGGUGAGUACCAAGACCUUGUCAGAGGAAGACCUGAAGGAGCUCCCAGCUGAGCAGAUGGAUUUCCGCGCCAACCUGCAGCGGCAAGUGAAGCCAAAGACUGUGUCAGAGGAAGAGAGGAAGGUGCAUAGCCCCCAACAGGUCGACUUCCGCUCUGUCCUGGCCAAGAAGGGGACUCCCAAGACCCCAGUGCCUGAGAAGGUACCACCACCAAAACCUGCCACCCCGGAUUUUCGCUCGGUGCUGGGCAGCAAGAAAAAAUUACCAGCAGAGAAUAGUAGCAAUGAUGCUGAGGCCUUGAAUGCCAAGGCAGCAGAAAGUCCCAAGCCCGUGGGCAAUGCCCAGCCUUCAGGGUCCCUGAAACCCGUGGGCAACACCAAGCUAGCUGAGACCCUUAAACCCGUGGGCAACACCAAGCCAGUCGAGACCCUGAAAUCUGUGGGCAACGCCAAGCCUGCUGAGACCCUGAAACCUGUGGGCAACGCCAAGCCUGCUGAGACCCUGAAACCUGUGGGCAACGCCAAGCCUGCUGAGACCCUGAAACCUGUGGGCAACGCCAAGCCUGCUGAGACCCUGAAACCUGUGGGCAACACCAAGCCUUCUGAGACCCUGAAACCUGUGGGCAUUGCCAAGCCUGCCGAGACCCCAAAACCCUUGGGUAACCUUAAGCCAGCUGAGACCCUGAAACCUAUCAGCAACGCCAAGCCAGCUGAGACCACAAAACCUAUGGGCUUCGCCAAGCUUGCUGAGACCCCAAAACCCUUGGGCAACGUUAAGCCAGCUGAGCCUCUGAAACCUGUGGGCAACACCAAGCCAGCUGAGAUCCUGAAACCCAUGGGCAUCGCCAAGCCUGCUGAGACCCCAAAACCCUUGGGCAACGUUAAGCCAGCUGAGCCCCUGAAACCUGUGGGCAACGCCAAGCCAGCUGAGUCCCUGAAACCUGUGGGCAGCGUUAAGCCAGCUGAGACCCUGAAACCUGUGGGCAACGCCAAGCCAGAUGAGCCCCUGAAACCUGUGGGCAACGCCAAGCCAGCUGAGUCCCUGAAACCUGUGGGCAACGUUAAGCCAGCUGAGACCCUGAAACCUGUGGGCAACGCCAAGCCAGAUGAGCCCCUGAAACCUGUGGGCAACGCCAAGCCAGAUGAGCCCCUGAAACCUGUGGGCAAUGCCAAGCCUGCUGAGACUCCAAAACCAUCUGGGAAAGAAGAACUCAAGGAGGUUAAGAAUGAUGUGAACUGUAAGAGGGGGCUUGCGGGGACCACAGAUAAUGAAAAAAGAUCAGAGAGCCAAGGGACAGCGCCAACCUUCAAGGAGAAGCUAAAAGACGUCCAUGUGGCAGAGGGUGAGAGGCUGCUACUCCAGUGCCAGGUGUCCUCGGACCCCCUGGCCACCAUCACCUGGAUGCUGAAUGGAAAGACACUCAAGACCACCAAGUUCAUCAUCCUCUCCCAAGAAGGUCCACUGUGCUCCCUCUCCAUCGAGAAGGCACUGCCCGAGGACAGAGGCUUAUACAAGUGUGUAGCCAAGAAUGGCGCCGGCCAGGCCGAGUGUUCCUGCCAAGUCACCGUGGACGGUGCUCCCACCAGUGAGAAUGCCAAGGCCGGGGAGCUGAAAGCACGGAGACCCAAGAGCUCUCUUCCUCCUGUGCUAGGAACAGAAAGUGAUGCAACUGUGAAAAAGAAACCUGCCCCCAAGACACCUCCGAAGGCAGCCAUGCCCCCACAGAUCAUCCAGUUUCCCGAGGACCAAAAGGUGCGUGCGGGAGAAUCUGUCGAGCUGGUUGGUAAAGUGGCAGGCACCCAGCCCAUCACCUGUACGUGGAUGAAGUUCCGAAAGCAGAUCCAGGAAAGCGAACACAUCAAGGUGGAGAACAGCGAGAAUGGCAGCAAGCUCACCAUCCUGGCCGCACGCCAGGAGCACUGUGGCUGCUACACCCUGCUGGUGGAGAACAAGCUGGGCAGCAGGCAGGCCCAGGUCAACCUCACUGUUGUGGACAAGCCAGACCCCCCAGCCGGCACACCUUGCGCCUCUGAUAUCCGGAGCUCCUCGCUGACCCUGUCCUGGUACGGCUCCUCGUAUGAUGGGGGCAGUGCCGUCCAGUCCUACAGUGUCGAGAUCUGGGACUCGGUGGACAAGACAUGGAAGGAACUAGCCACAUGCCGCAGCACCUCUUUUAACGUCCAGGACCUGCUCCCUGACCGAGAGUAUAAAUUCCGUGUGCGCGCAGUCAACGUGUACGGGACCAGUGAGCCGAGCCAGGAGUCUGAACUCACAGCAGUGGGAGAGAAACCUGAGGAGCCGAAGGACGAAGUGGAGGUGUCAGAUGAUGAUGAGAAGGAGCCUGAGAUCGAUUACCGGACGGUGACAGUCAAUACUGAACAAAAAGUGUCUGACUUCUAUGACAUCGAGGAGAGACUAGGAUCUGGGAAAUUUGGACAGGUCUUUCGACUUGUAGAAAAGAAAACUGGAAAAAUCUGGGCAGGGAAAUUCUUCAAGGCAUAUUCGGCAAAAGAGAAAGAGACUAUCCGGCAAGAGAUCGGCAUCAUGAACUGCCUCCACCACCCCAAGCUGGUCCAGUGUGUGGAUGCCUUCGAGGAAAAGGCCAACAUCGUCAUGGUCCUGGAGAUCGUGUCAGGGGGCGAGCUGUUCGAGCGCAUCAUCGAUGAGGACUUCGAGCUGACGGAGCGGGAGUGCAUCCAGUACAUGCGGCAGAUCUCAGAGGGCGUGCAGUACAUCCACAAGCAGGGCAUCGUGCACCUGGACCUCAAGCCCGAGAACAUCAUGUGUGUCAACAAGACAGGCACCAGGAUCAAGCUCAUCGACUUUGGGCUGGCCAGGAAGCUGGAGAAUGCCGGGUCUCUGAAGGUCCUUUUUGGCACCCCAGAGUUUGUGGCACCUGAAGUGAUCAACUAUGAGCCCAUCAGCUACGCUACAGACAUGUGGAGCAUCGGGGUCAUCUGCUACAUCCUGGUCAGUGGACUUUCCCCCUUCAUGGGUGACAACGAUAACGAAACCUUAGCCAACGUUACCUCAGCCACCUGGGACUUUGACGACGAGGCCUUUGAUGAGAUCUCCGAUGAUGCCAAGGAUUUUAUCAGCAAUUUGCUGAAGAAAGAUAUGAAAAACCGCCUGGACUGCACCCAGUGCCUUCAGCAUCCAUGGCUAAUGAAAGACACCAAGAACAUGGAGGCCAAGAAGCUCUCCAAGGACCGGAUGAAGAAAUACAUGGCAAGAAGGAAAUGGCAGAAAACGGGCAAUGCUGUGAGAGCCAUUGGAAGGCUGUCCUCUAUGGCAAUGAUCUCAGGGCUCAGUGGCAGGAAAUCCUCAACAGGGUCACCAACCAGCCCGCUCAAUGCAGAAAAACUAGAAUCUGAAGAAGAUGUCUCCCAGGCUUUCCUUGAGGCUGUUGCUGAGGAAAAGCCCCAUGUAAAGCCCUAUUUCUCUAAGACCAUUCGUGAUUUAGAAGUCGUGGAGGGGAGUGCUGCUAGAUUUGACUGCAAGAUUGAAGGAUACCCAGACCCUGAGGUCGUCUGGUUCAAAGAUGACCAGUCAAUCAGGGAGUCCCGCCACUUCCAGAUAGACUACGACGAAGAUGGGAACUGCUCUUUAAUCAUUAGCGAUGUUUGCGGGGAUGACGAUGCCAAGUAUACCUGCAAGGCUGUCAACAGUCUUGGAGAAGCCACCUGCACAGCGGAGCUCAUUGUGGAAACCAUGGAGGAAGGAGAAGGGGAAGGGGAGGAGGAAGAGGAGGAAGAGGAGGAGGAGUGAAACAAAGCCAGGGAGAAGCAGUUCCUAAGUCAUAUUACAAAGACUAUUUCUCUAAAGCUCAAAAAAUCCAAGAUAGUAAACGCACCUAGUGUGGUAGAUUAUCUAGUUAGGCCAUCUGGGGGUUGAUUCUUCAGCAACAGCAGUUGAUACCUGGCAGCAGUAUUGAUGGGCAUUAAUUUGAAUUAGCUGGCACCUUAAGAUACCAGUGCAGCUGGAUUUAUUUUGGGAAAUCAUCAGUAACUUGCCUGACCAGUUGAAUUUAGAGAGAAAGUAACCAAAAGAAAUAGUUAUCUAGGCAAAGUCAUACAUUCCCCAACCGAAAGCACUCGUGAAAACAAAGGCCCAAACAGGGCUCUGGGCCCGCCAGCCACAGCUCAGCCCAGAGGGCCCCUGGAGAUGGAGGGCGCUCUCCCAGCUCCUGGCUCCAGAGAACUGGGUCUUCUCCAGUCCUGCAGCACUUCUUUCUGAAAGCAGUUGAGCCAUUUUAACUUACAAGGCACAUUUGAUUCCAAAGUAUACUGUAGACAUUCAGACUUUUCCUUUCUCUCCCCCGUUCUACCUGCCAGUUUUUCUGGAUCUGAACUUGCCAUGAGUUUAAGAACUAAGGACAUUACGCUUCUUAGAUUCUGAAGACAGGUCCCCUGCUCAUGGAUUACUUUGGCUUCCUUAGGAAAAUAGAACCUCCCUUCUUCCAAAAUCAGUGGGAAAUCUAAACUUAUCCCCUCUUUGCAGAUGUCUAGCAGCUUCAGACAUUUUUUUAUAAGAACCGUGAAAAAAAAAAUCCUUGCUAAUGUGCUUUUCUUCUUAAACCAGGAUUCAUAUUUGUGCUGUUAUAGAAUAUCAGUCCUGCAUGUGUGGUGAAGAUUUUUAUGUUUGAAUGUAUGAAAAACCAGUUUGCUGAAAGUCAGUCUUAAUUAUUUAUUGGCCAUGAUGAAACAUUUCAACUGAUGGAAAGCUGUAGAACGCGACAUACUCUGGAAUCUCCUUCAAGAUAGUCUGAGUUGAAUACACCUGCAUUCUAGACACUCUCCAGAGAGCUCGACCUGCCUUCUGGGCUCCACGAUGUUUUUCUUCUUGAAUGUGCAUCAGUCAGGCCUUGCCCCCACCGUGAAAUACAUUCUGAGACCUGGGAAAUGCACUCAGACUUGCAUCUUUAGGGAUUUUUAACUUUCUUUCACUACAUUGGCACUUAAAUUUUUCUUGAUAAAACUUUUUGAAGGUCGUAAACAAAGACCAUAACUGAUAUGCCUAAUACAUUUCAUCUGCGUGUGUGUGUAACAUUCCAAAUACUUUUUUCUUUUCCACUGUUCGUAAAGUACAGCAAGUUAAUAUUCCAAGGGACUUGUUAGUAGUUCCUUGAGAACCAAUUUGAAAUUACUUCAGUGCAAUCCUACACGGUAUCAACAUUAGAAUUUUGGUGUUACUUAGUCUUAUGUUAUCUUCCAUUCUAUUUUUAUCUGCUUUUUGCUGCUAGUUUCAAACUGCCAGUAUUUUUCCUUUUUGCUUUUUAAACAGUUACAAUAUUUUUCAUAAUAGCCACCGUAUUCACAGUUUAUUAUAAUAAAGGGUUUUUAAUUUGAUUUAGAGCAUUCAAAGCUUUUCUUCAUCACUUUUGUGUUAGACUAUAAUCUUAUUUGUGUGUGUGUCAUGUGUGUGCGCAUGUGUGGUGUGUAUGUUUGUUGACAGGUUUUUAAUGCCUUCUUGAAAUUGUGUUAAUGUUCUCCCAGUUCAUUAUGCCAUCAGAAUGGUAAAUGAGAACACUACAACUAUAGUUAGCUCACAAUUUUUAAAUAAAGGAUACCACAGUGCA